UGUCCAUUUUUUGUUUCUUUUUUACUUGAAUUUUCUUUAUCCUUCCUUUCAUUUUUAUUUCGAAUUUUAAUUUUAGAAAUGUCUGCUCAUCGUUUACUUCCGUCUCUUCCUCGAAUUAAAGUCCCGAUUGGACAUAUACCCCAACGGCUUAAACUUCCAGGUUUUAAAAAUCCAAGAGGACAUUUGGAAUUACUUCGAAUGUUGGUCAAUCGUGUCUUUAAAGAUGAAAGAGUCGAAUUUCGUUAUAAUCGAGCUGAAGAGUGUCGUCAAUAUGUGGAAAGAUUAAUUCAAUUAGGCAUUCAUAGAGGACUAAAUGAUGAAUAUACAAAAGAAAUGUUUGAUUGGUGGUUUCCUGAAAAGGAAUUAAUAGAUAAAAUGUUCAAUGUUUUUGUUCCUCGUUUUGAAGAUUAUCCAAUUGACGAGCCUUACACUUCAAUCUACAGAUUACCUUCCAUCCGUGCAGAAAUUAGAAAUGGCAAAAAAGUUCUAUAUAUGAGAUAUUCCAUUGCUGUUUUGGAAUUAAAAGGCAAUCCAUACCCUUCUAUGGAAACACUUGAAGAGAAUAGACGAAAAAAUUUAACUGAAUUUGUAAAAAAUGAACUUUUAAAGACUGAUGUAUCAAUGAAAUAUAUUCCAGAGAAUCCAUAUGUUCGGCCACAUCCAUAA